CUCCCAUUUACUGACCAGGGCAGACUGACGACGAUGCGAACAGCGACUCGAAAGAGGGUUCUCCAGACGACUGUGUGACUUGAUCUCGAUCUACUAUCUCCAGGCUCAUCUUUUUGUUGUCUUUCUCCUUCCAGCGUGCUGCCUGUCAUUUCGGACUUCUGCCUCAUCCUCUCCGAAUCGGUGCCCCGCAAGGGCCUCCUGUCAUUUGAGAUAACACCGUCAUCUCCGUAUGAUAAAUCACCUUGAACUGUUUUGGAUAAAGUAGGGGAAACUACUUUUACCAUAAACCUUCACGAUCUGUAUACACAGUCUCCAGUCGACCUCACCCGCAUAAAGUUUUGAUCAUGGAGACUCUCAAAGCGGUCUUUUUUGGCCCUGAUCCUCAGACGCAGGUAUGACCCACGGCAGUUGAUCUCGAGCGACCAAUCAAGGUUUAAAUUGGGCUAAUUUGCUUCCCCAUAUAGAUGAGGAAAUGCAAUCAAAUCAUCCGUGCGAAUACCCGCCAAUUGGAUCGUGACAUAAUGCAACUAAAGACUCUCGAGACGAAAACACGACAGUAUAUUGUGAACGCCUCCCGACGAGGCCAACGGAACCCGUCACAGGCCAAGCAGGCCCAAAAUGAGAGCAAGACGUUUGCACGAGAGCUGGUGCGGAUCCGAAAGCAGUCGGCCCGCCUGACAACAAGCCGGGCUCAACUUCAGAGUGUCCAAAUGCAAGUGAACGAGGCCUUUUCGAUGCGCAAGAUCCAAGGGAGUCUCAAGAAGUCGACGGGGAUCAUGAAAGAUGUCAAUACGCUCGUCCGACUGCCCGAACUAUCAGCCACAAUGCAUCAGCUUUCGACGGAGUUGGUGCGCGCCGGUAUCAUUGAAGAGAUUGUGGACGAUGCGAUUCCCAGCAACGAACUGCUCGAAGAUGAGAUUGAGGACGAAGCCGACGCUGAAGUGGACAAGGUCUUGCAGGAGAUUUUACACGGCAAGCUUUCCCAAGUCGAAGACAUCAAGCCGGAGAAGCCCAUCGAGGAGGCCCCAGCUGUCGAAGAGCAAUUCGAGGAUCAAGAAGCUGCUCUGGCACAGAUGAGGGGACGACUGGAAGCUUUGAAGAGCUGAGAAGCGAACAGAGUGGGUCAAUCUACGCCGAUCGCGCUGCCCGGGUUUUACGACAGCAUGCAAGGUUUUACUUUUAUCAUGAGAGCAUCUAUAAUUGUCGAUGUAUUUCCGUACUGUAUAGGGAGUUCAUGGGGAUAUGGUGCUUGAUUUAUUUUAUUCUAUGUUUUUCCACCAAUAAAUAUGUCCUAGGGCUGGUCCUAUCAUGAGAAUCAUGGUUUUCUAUCAUUCUUUGCUUUCUUGUUUUGGGUGCACUGUUUGUUCCUUGUUCCUACACUGAUACGGAGUAGAUAGGUACUGUCUGUUUUUUGUAUAUUGAAUGCAACGAAACAAUUGUGGCGACAUCUGAAGCUGGACUAAAAAUCCAUAAAACACUAGGCCUGCUUGAUUUUACCUUAUCAUAGAUACCUUACUAUCUGCUACGUACCUACCAGUCAAAUGUAUUCCGGAGGUUACCUUGAGGCAGCAAUGCGGAUGGCGAAUAGA